AUGUCCCCGUUCACGCUGCAGUGCCAGGAGCUCAGCCCUGGACCCACUGUGGCUUCGCCCCCUGCCCUUCCCCAGGACACGCACUUCGGGGGAGCAGCAUCCACAUCACCCCCGGUGCUGGGGACUGUGGGCGGGGCAGAGCGAGGCGGGGCUGCGGGGUUAUGUAAAGCCGCGGAUUACCGGGGCCGGGCGGGGCGGCGCCGCCAUGGGAGCAUCGAGCAGCGGCCCCGGCCUGGCCCCGGUCCCGGUGCGGCCCCCCCAGGUGCGUGCGGCGGCCCGGGGUCCCCCCCUCCCGGUUCCCGUGUCCUCCCCCCGCUGACGCUGCCCCCUGUUCCGUAGGGCCGCGCUGUGGGGUCGUGGGUGCGGGCGCUGUUGGGCCGGGCCCGGCCGGUACCGGGGUCGGGGCUCGCCCUGGUCCCGCAGGGAAGCACGGAGGAGCCGCCGCUGAUCGGGUGGCCGCUGCCGCAGCUCGUCUCGCUUUUCCUGCCGGAGUUCCCCGUGCGCCCCUCCGGCCGCCAGCAGCAGCUCAAGAUCCUGGGCUUUGUGGCCAAAGGCUCCUUCGGGACCAUCCUCAAGGUGCUGGACUGCGGGCGGGAGAAGGUCUGCGCCGUGAAGGUCUUGCCUAAAGUGGAGGUGCUGCGCAGAGACACCCUCAAGCAGUGCAAGGAAGAAGUCAGCAUCCAGAGACAGGUCAGGCACCCGUUUGCCCACGUCCUGGGGGACAGCUGGCAGGGCCAGCGCCACCUCUUCAUCCUGUGCACCUACUGCAGCACUGGGGACCUGUACGCGCUGUGGCGUGCGGCCGGGUCCUUCACCGAGGCCACUGUCCGCCUGUUUGCUGCCGAGCUGGUGCUGGUGCUGGUGUACCUGCACGACCUGGGCAUCAUACACAGAGAUGUGAAGAUGGAGAACAUCCUCCUGGAUGAGCGUGGGCACCUCAAGCUCACUGAUUUCGGCCUCUCCCGGCACCUGCAGUGGGGCGAGCGAGCCCACACCAUCUGUGGCACCCUGCAGUACAUGGCCCCAGAGGUGCUGAGCGGGGGGCCCUACAGCCAUGCAGCCGACUGGUGGUCCCUGGGUGUCCUGCUCUUCGCUCUGGCCAGCGGGGAGUUCCCCGUGGCACCAGCAGGGGACCAUGUGGCCAUGCUGGAGCGUGUCAAGCAGAGCAGCUACGAGAGCCCACCCGCCUUCAGCCCCGCGCUGGCCCGGCUGAUGGCCGAGCUGCUGUGCCACAACCCCCUGCACCGCCUGCGCCACCUCCAUCACUUCCAGGGUCACCCCUUCUUCCGUGGUGUGGCCUUCGAUGCCGACCUCCUGCAGAAGGACCCGGUGCCGGUGCCGGUGGCCCCGCAGCCCCCGGAGCAGCCCCCGCCAGACCCCACCACCUUCAAUGACUUCGACUGCGACCUCCAAGUCCCUUCGACUGCACCCCCUGGCCGGCCCUGGCCUGGCUGA